CCCAGAUCUCCAAAUCACACUUUCCGCCGCGCCCCUCUCCAUACCCUUCGCUGUCCAGAGUGUAAAAGUGUUCCAAACCAAACACCAAUGCCUUCCCCUUCUUCCCCGAAUUUCUCUCCUCCAAUGCUAUUAGCUCUAUAAUCUCCUUUUCAAUUCAAUGUCUCCUUCUACCUCGGGAUUUCAAAUUUCUAGCAAUUGAAGCUCGAUAAACCACUUCGAAUCUUCUAGAAGCUAGGGUUUAUCACUUUAUCGGCCGUUUCGCCGCUCAAUGGCGUGUUCUUAAGUAAUGGCUGCGACUUCGAGAGGCUUAACGGCACCCUUCGGCGUCAGACUCCGAAGCGUGGAUGUGUCUCCUCCUCUGCAUCACCAACCACUGGAUUUGCGGAAGAGGAGGAGGAGAAGGUUGAUUGAUCGCGCUGAUUUUAGGAUUAAAUGCUGCUGUUCGGAUUCUUUAGGUCCGAUUCGGCGAACAUCCGGCUCAGGGAAGCGUGUGGAGAAGUGCGUGGAAUGGCGAUUCGAUCCCAAGAAGAACACUCACCGAGUUCGAAUGCAAGCUACUCCUGCAAUGCCCUUUGCGUCCCCUCAAUCUCGAUUUGUUUCAAAACAAGAAAAGUUCUUCCCACGUUGUACCCCAAGAAAUUCUGGUAUGCAGUCCCGCGACACUCCACCUAGAAGAGACACUGGUAUUGCAAAUGAGAAGGAUUGGGGAAUCAGUCUUCUAAAUGAAAAUGUCAACGAGUCUGGCACCAAUGAAGAUGGCAGUACUUGGUAUCGAGAAAGUGGAGAGGACCUCGGAGAAAAUGGAUACAGAUGUAGAUGGACAAGGAUGGGUGGUCAAAGCCAUGAUGGCACCUCGGAAUGGAAAGAAACGUGGUGGGAGAAAAGCGACUGGACUGGAUACAAAGAGUUAGGUGUAGAGAAAUCUGGACGAAAUGCUGAGGGGGAUUCCUGGUGGGAAACAUGGAAAGAAGUUCUUCAUCAAGAUGAAUGGAGCAAUCUAGCUAGGAUAGAGAGAAGUGCACAGAAGCAGGCAAAGUCAGGCACAGAAAAUGCUGGAUGGUAUGAGAACUGGUGGGAAAAAUAUGAUGCAAAGGGCUGGACUGAGAAGGGGGCACAUAAGUAUGGUAGACUGAAUGAACAAUCAUGGUGGGAGAAGUGGGGAGAGCAUUAUGACGGAAGAGGAUCUGUCCUCAAAUGGACAGACAAAUGGGCUGAGACUGAACUUGGAACCAAAUGGGGAGACAAGUGGGAAGAGAGGUUUUUUGCUGGCAUUGGUUCGCGUCAAGGGGAGACAUGGCAUGUAUCGCCCAGCAGUGAACGUUGGUCAAGGACAUGGGGAGAGGAGCACUUUGGAAAUUGCAAAGUGCACAAAUACGGUAAAAGCACAACGGGGGAGAGCUGGGAUAUUGUUGUGGAUGAAGAAACUUAUUAUGAGGCUGAGCCCCAUUGUGGAUGGGCGGAUGUGGUGGGUGAUUCAAGCCAGUUGCUAUCCAUCCAACCUCGUGAGAGACCUCCUGGUGUCUACCCAAACCUUGAUUUCAGGUCAUCUCCACCACCUUCAGAUGAUGAGCCACCAGAACUGCCUUCCUCCUCGUCUUCACAAUGACACAACCACACUACAUGUUUUGCUGUAGUUGGUUUGAUACUAUCAAAUUUCGAUUUCGGAACUCCGUGUAACAAAUGCUUCCAACUGUCACUAUUCUUCAUUUUAUUUAUUCUUUUCAUUUUCUCUCUGUCAUUUAAUUUUGAACAAUAUUCAAUAGCCUCUGAACAUUUCAUCGGGAGAAUGAACCAGAUGAUUCUUAGUUUAAUCACUGGAUUUCCAGUUUAUGCAUUUUGUGGCCGCUGAUUCGAUCCCCAGAUCUAAAAGGUAAUAUAUGCUUUAUGCCAUAGCCGUAUUUUCAAGUGAAUAUAGCUGCAAGGAUCAUGGGUUCAUAAUUCUGUUGGCCAGUUGUUGGUCACCAGAAAGGACUUCUCGUACAAUCCAUGGACUUAAAUCUCUUUCAAAGAGAUUUCAAGCGAUUGUUUGUUGUAGAGUUCAAAUAUUUUAUUUUAAAAUUUUUUUGGAUGAUCACAAUCAAUGAAAUUACAAAAAGCGAAGUGAUAAUAAAAUGAUUAACAAAAGAGAAGAAUACUUUUAUUAAUUUCUAAGGUUACUGGGUUAUGACAGCCGAUGAAACAGUCAUGUGCGUGCAGGAUCUUGCACAAUAUAAAAAAUGAGAACAGAUCUCUCCCUUGGUGAACUCGAGUGGGUCAGUUGAGUGAUCAACCACGCUGCUUGGGAC